AAAAGUUCAGAUACACUCAAAAUUAACUGCAAACAUAUACAACAGUUGUUUUUUAAAGAGAAAAAAAUAUGUAGAAAUUAUACAAGUGAUUCACACUUCAUACCAGUAGGUGGCGGUAAGGCACAUCUUCGGGUUUCUUGCCAACCGCCGAAAAAAAAAAAAAAGAAAAAGCAGAAGAGCAUUUUGAAUCUACCGGAUGUCGGUGUCUUUCUUAUGUGUGAGCCUUUCGAUUCUCAGUCUAAUACAGUUUUCCAUCACAGCAAGAACAUUAGAGGCGUGAGAGGACCAGUGUUACGAUGGAAAGCUGCAGGUCUGGAAAACAAUGUAGCUACGUUGACUCUGUAAAGGAAGAGAGUGAAGAAGAGCAGCAGCCGUUGGUGAUUAAAGAAGAGGUUCCUGAUCUGAGCAGUUCCAGUUUGGACCAGCAGAACCUCAGACCUCCUUUACUGGUUUUAAACAAACUUCAGUCCGGGAGAAAAGGAAGUCAGCAACUGUGGGUGGUUAAAGAAGAGGUUCCUGAUCUCAGCAGUUCCAGUUUGGACGAGCAGAACUUCACAUGUUUCCAGGUGAAGAAGGAAGAGGAGGAACAGUGGAUCAGUCAGGAUGUAGGGCAGCUUACUGUGAAGAAUGAGGAAGAAGAGAAACCUCAAUUGUCAAAAGUUCAUCGCAUCAAAAGUGAAGACAGCAGAGAGACAGAAGCUUCAACCAGCAGCUCAGCUGCAAAGGUGAAAACAGAACCUGAUGGAGAGAUCAGUGGAGGACCAGAACCUGACAGAGAGUCAGAUCCAAGUACUUAUUUACAGCCAAAUAUUAAAGAAAGUUAUUCAGCCUCUUUUGAGACUGAAGACAGUGAUGAAAGCGAAGAUGAUAAUCUAUCAGGAUCUGGAUCUGAAAAUGAAGACAGUGAUGAAGAUUGGAGGGAACCCAGAACAUGUCAGUCUGGUGUAAACAGCAAAGUGGGACGUAAAGCUGCCGAAAAAACCUUAAACUGCACUGACCACUUUAAACAGUUUGUGAGGAAGCAGAUGUUCCAGAAACAUAUGGCAGGUCAUUCAGGAGAAAAGUCUUCCAGCUGCUCGGUUGAGAAGAAUCACUCUAGAGGGAAGCAAAAUGGUGAUACGAAGAUGGGACUCGAACCAGGCAGAAAAUCCUUUUCUUGUGAUGAUUGUGGUAAAACAUUUCAGAAACUAGGUGCUCUUAAAUGUCAUGUGAGAAUCUAUCGCUGUGAAAAAUCAAUUGUUUGUGAAGAUUGCGGUAAAAUCUUUCACAGUCGGUGUCAUUUGAAAACUCACCAUAGACCCCACACGGGAGAAAGACCCUUUGUCUGUGAUAAAUGUGGUAAAAGGUUUACCCGGAAGCCUGGCCUUCAAGUUCACAUGACUUGCCACACAGGAGAGAAACCAUUUCAAUGUGAGAUAUGCGAUAAGAAGUUUACCUCAAAUGGAUCUCUGACGGCCCACAUGACAAUCCAUAAAGGGGAAAAACCAUUUAGGUGCCCCGACUGUGGCAGAUGUUUCAGACUUAAGGAUGUUCUAAAAAGCCACAUGAUAACCCACUCAAAUUUAAAACCGUUUGUCUGUGGGUAUUGUGGCGCCACUUUUACACGGAAACAAAGUUUACUCCUGCAUGUUAGACUCCACACUGGGGAGAAUCAGUUGUCAUGUGAUCAAUGCGACAAAAAGUUUGUCCUUAAGAGUCGCCUUGUUAAACAUAUGCAGAUUCAUCAGAAAGAGGAGAAAGUGGUGGCCGGGAAGGGAAACUUUGCUUGUGAGGAAUGUGGAAGAAGGUUUGUCCAGAAGCGGUAUUUAAAAAGUCACAUGCUUAUGCACACAGGAGAGAAACCAUUUAGUUGCGAUCUGUGUUUGAAGUUGUUUACACGAGCGGAAAAUCUGAGGAAUCACAAACUGAGGAUCCACAGUAAACAGAGAUUUCAUACUGAGAAUUCGUUUGGAAAGACUUUCUGUACAAAUACCACGGCAGUUCAGAUUAUUUUGCUUCCUUUUGACCAAGAUUAGCUUUAACAUUUUGAGUUUGACAUGAUCUCUUUGCUUCAUCGUAAGCAGAGCAGUGUCUGGAAUUAAAAAAUAAUGGGGAAAACGGCCUUAGUUCUGUGAUAAAAUGAUUUUGGCAGCUCAUUGUCCCAAUAUCUCUGGCCAAGCAUCUAAUGAAUUUUAAUUUUAUUGUGUUCAUUUAUAUUUUGUAUUAUUUCUAUUUUUAACAAGUGUAUACAAAAAUGAAUUUAUUGUUUCAGUAUGGUGUAUGAAGCACAAAAUGUUACAAGAAAUGUAGAAUAAUUGCCUUAUUUUUACAUUUAUGUAUUUUUUUGUUCUAAAUAGAGGUCAUGGGCAGUAAAGUGUCUGACUGACAUGAUGUAAGGAUGGAUACCAGAAGAGUUGAUAUUUUUGUUGAUAACAGUUGAGCAUCUUUGGCCUCUUGGCUCAUGUAUGGAAAAACACAACUGAGGUCAAACACACACAGUAACAAAGAUAAAAAUUCUGUUUUAUACACAAUCUUCUGUGAAAAGUUGUCAAUGUGUCCGUAGUGGAUCUUGAUGUGCUGACUCAAGGCUUACAAAUCAAUUAUUGAAUGGAUUUUAUGUAAAAAAAAAUCAAAUAAAAUAAAAAAUCCAUUCAACAGUUAUCAGUUACCAGUGCAUAUUUUCAAACCAGAUCUUCUUUACAAUCAAUUUUAUAUAAAUAUGCUUGGAUACAACACUCAGAACAAACAGCUUAUUUAGCAGUGACUUUUUGUGGUUUACCCUCCCUGUGGAUGGUUUCAAUGUUUGUUUUUCUGAACAUCUGCUCAAUCAGCAGUCCUCCCUGUGAUUGUGUAGCUCACUGACCCAGACUGAGAAUCCAUUCAGAGGCUCAGGAAACCUUUGUGGAUGGUUGUCAAGUUAAUUCAGUGAUUAGAGUGACACAACAAAUUUUCAACAUUGAAAUGUUUUUCUACUUUUCGGAGACACUGAGUUUAGUGUUUUCAUGAUCUGUAAGCCAUAAAUGUAACGAUUACAAGAAAUAAAGGAUUGAAAUACUUCA